AUGGAUGAAGUCCGCGCGUUGCAACAACAGCUCAUGGAGGCUCAACGGGCCUCCAACAUGCGCAAGAUCUCCGAGCGGAACUGCAUCGACUUGGUCCAGAAGCUCAUCUCCACGGAGCAGGUGAAGCUCUUCCACACGGCGAAUGGAAAGGAGUUCUUGACGCCGGAGCAACUGGACCAUGAGAUCCGGGAAACCAUGGAGAACUGUGGCGGCCGGCUCUCCAUCACCGAUCUACCCAACGAGGUAGGCGUUGCGCUGGAGCACUGCGAGGUGCGCGUCGAGAUGCUGCGAAAGCACAGCUCCCUGCACAAGAUCCACAAUGACUUGUUCUCCCAGCAGUACCUGCUCUCCAUUGCGCAUGAGAUCGAGGAGAGCCUCGAGGAAGCUGGCGCACUGGCGGUCUCGGACCUCGUGAGUAGGUACAACCUGCCGGCGGACUACAUCCGCAACUCAGUCUUGGUCCUGCUUUCCUCAACGGAGGCUGUAAUUCGGCAGAACACUGUGUACACCGGCUCCUACACAGCGCGAGUGGAGGCACGGGUUCGAGGCGCCCUGCGCGGAGCGACCCAGCCCGUCUCGCUGGCACAGCUGUCGGAAGAGAAGCCGGAGAAAGCUCGUAUCAUGCUUUCGUGUCCUUCGCCUCUCUCCUGCUCUGCGCCGGAGCCCACACCUUUAGAAGAGUGUGCUCGUGAUCUACAAGACUGUGCCGACGCGAACACCUGCGAGGAGCAGCUGUUUGCAAUGUAUGUGCUGCCGGUGGAAACCCUCUUCGAGAUGACUGAAGUCGUUCCCCACGAAACACUACUGUGGGACGAAAAGUUAGUUGAGUUCGACGAGGCACUUGGCAAUGCAAUGUUCAUCUCACAUCAGUGGGCUGGGGACACGAGCCCGGACCCCGAUUUCCAGCAGUUCAAAGUGCCGCAGGAUGUGCUACGGAGGAAGUUACGCCCGGGCGCCUCCAUCACGGGCCACAUGCAGGUCGAACUAUAUACAGGGCAUUUGCACCGUCUUCCUGCUGAAGAAAUCUCUUCCAAGCCCCUCUUUGUAUGGUAUGACUAUUUCAGCUGUCCGCAGAGAAACGCUUCUGCACGGGAAAAGGCCAUCAGCAGCAUCCCCGCAUACGUGGGUAAGUGCCGCUAUUUCGUGAUUCUAUGCCCUCAUGUCUGGCACGCUGGGCAGGAGACCUUUCUGUCGAAAAGGAGCUGGGAGUGUCGAGGUUGGUGCAGAUUCGAAAGGGCUGUACGAGAGCUGAGCCGAACAGGAUCAACAGGCUUAGACAUUGAAAUCAUCAGUGAGACACAUCAGGUCGUGGAACCUACGAUGGCUUUCUCAGUUGCCAUGGCGCCUGUCAGCGAGGGUCAAUUCUCCGUAGCUGCGGACAAGCACAGGAUCGUCGAAGUGUUAAGGCGAAUGAUUCGACGGAAGAUGGCUGGUUGCCUCAUGGAGGGUGAUUUUCAUGAGUACCGUUUGCAGCGCAAUUCUCAGCGGGUCUACUUUCGAAAUUUUCCCAUCGGGCCCAUCGACGACUUCCUGCCCGAGCUUGUCUCCGAGACACGUGAUCCGGCAUCCUUCAUGGUGGCAGCCUUUAUGUACCAGAACGGCUUCCGAUCCAUACACGAGCGAAGCCCAGAGGGCUGGACUCCCAUUUGCUUCGCUGCAUUGGAUGGCACUGCUAUGCUCAUGGCAGCUCUCUUGGGGCAGAGGGCCGACGUCAAUGACGGCAUCACGCGGGGUGAGUCACGCUUUCACUUGGCAGCUGGCACUCCAGUGCUGCACAUGUGUGCGUGUUUCCGAAACAACGAGGCCAUGAAGGUGCUCAUCAACAAACGGUGCGAGGUCAAUGCGAAAGAUGGCUAUGGGUCGACUGCUCUGCACUGGGCUGGCAUCACAAACAAUGUCGAAGGAGGCUCCGCCCGGAUCGUCUGCGCCCUUAUCGGAGCAGGAGCAGAUGUGAAUUACCAGCUGAACACCGAGGUGUCCAGCCCAAUGGGCCUGAUGAUGGCUUACUUCAGCCUCCGGCACCGAUGGAGCCAGUCCACCUUGAGUACAUAUGCCUACCACCACUACCAGGCAUCUCCGCUGAUGUGCAGCGUCAUCACGAGUUCUUUCGAGGCGACAGCUAUCUUGUUGGCUGCGGGCGCUCGGCUAGACCUGCGGAACGCACGCGGGCUUACUGCAGCGGAUUUGGCCAGGGAGGUUUCGGCUCCCGAUCAUGUAGUCGCUUCUUUGGAAGGGAACAAAGAAGCGGUGGAGAGGCUUACCCAGGUUGUCGCGGACUUCGUGAAGGAGUACUUCCUCAUGACCACCCAAUCAUUCUGA